UCAUUUCGAUGUAUUAGAGAGAAUGGGCACUCGCAGAUCGCAUUGUCUUCGGUAGAGGAGCCGAUAUUCACAACGAGGCACAACCACCAUUCAUUCGCUUGGAAUUUGAGGAUUGUUUUGCUUGUUAUUUUAUUUGAAUGAUUGUGUUAGAGAAUCCUAUGGAAUUUUAUAGCGUAACUGUUGAAAUUACAGACAUUAACGACAAUGCACCAUCUUUCGAAAAGAGCGAUAUUCAGUUCAGAAUUAGCGAGUCCGCAGUUGGUGGGUCCAAAUUUGUUUUAGAAAGAGCAGUUGAUAUGGAUGUAGGUAUAAACAGUCUCCAAAGUUACCUACUUAAGCCAAGUGAUCAUUUUUUACUUAAACUGCACAACCAAGCCGAUGGGACAAAGAAUGUUGAGAUGGUCUUACAAAAACCCUGUUUUUACACAGCCAAUAUAUAAAGGCACUGUCGCUGAAAAUGCUGCAAAAGGCACAAUCGUGACCACUGUCAGUGCGUCAGAUGCUGAUAAUGGAUUAAAUGGUAAAAUAACAUAUUCAAUCACAAACACUUUAGAUGACGUCAGACAUAUGUUUGAUGUAAAUGAGGAUAGCGGCGAGG